AUGGAGAAACUGAACACCGGAGAUGGAAUAAGGUCGGAGAUUCGGCUUCCGCCAGCUGAACAAACUGUUUCGAAAAGCUCUUCUCUGCGCAUUCGCAACUGCGGGUCGUCAAAUGCGAUCCGGCAUGUUCCACAUGUUGGUUCUACACUCAAGUGUGGCAACAAGAAAGUGACGUUGUCUGUGUUGAAUAAUGAGAUGGUGUUCCGAGUAAGGAACUUGGCCUGGUUUGACGAAUGGGUGAAAGCGAGCAACGGCCUGAAAUUGGACUGCAUCAAUUGA